UGAGUAUUCGGUCAAAGAAAAAAAGCACCAGCUCGCGUCUGCGUCUCUUUUCCCCCAAAACAAAACGCACAAUUCACGUUCCCAAGCCACUGCGUCUCUUCCCCUUUCCCCCAAAUACAGUGCCGUCGGCGAUGACGACUCCGGGUGAGUGCGCCGGAGACGAUGAGCAGACAGCGGACAACGGUCAGCGCUGGCCUGGGUCCGCCGGCGGUGACGGGAUUCACCAAGUGCGUAGGCGAGCUGCAUGUUCUCAAUGGGGUUAUGUCAACGAACAUGGGCUUUGGCUGCGUUUAUUCCCCCUCAUUCAACCUGAAGAAGUCAUAACCGUGAGAGAAUCAAGUGAAGGAAGUCGUCUUUCAUAGUGAUAGUGGGACCAUAAAACCAACAUUAUCGAUUAGCAUGGAUCAAAGCUCAAGUUUGAAUGCAUUUGUCAAUGACAAUAAGAUCCCAAAUCCUGCAACUGAAAAGACUCAAAAUGGAAAGCGCAAAUACAAGAAGAAAGAGUACAAUUUGCCUCGCCGUGCUUCAAAACGUCUUGCUGGAAUCAAGGUUGAUCCAGCUAUAGAACUUAAAACAAGCAGAUUCAAGCGAGUUGCUAUUAAUCAAUCAUGUGAGAGCAAAAUGAUCACAAACAUGGAUGAACACCCUAGUUGCUUGCCUGUUGGUAUAGUAAAUCAACAGUUUGAUGCAGUAGAAGGUGGGACAGAAAGUAAGAGCAAAUUUGACUGCACUUUUGAAGAGUAUAUGAGACUCCUUGAAAAUGGAGAAAAGGUUGAUGGAAUGUCAGAUUACUCCCGUGACUUUCCCAUUGCAGAAAUACUAAAAGACCCAUGUAUUGCAUUUGCAGUACAAGUUCUCACUGGAGAUACAUUUGAAACCUAUUACAAAAAGUCCCAAAUGCCUUCUGAAUCUUUGGCAGCUGUUGAAGGGCAGAAUAUAAUAGACGUUGAACAAGAAGAGUGCAAAACAGUGUUAUCACCCCCAGAAAAACUUAUUAUUCCAAAAGAGUGUGUUGCUGCUGAUGAAAUUGGUCAUACUGACCAAGGGAAUGAGAAUUUAGGAACUUCUUCUGAAAUGCCACUUGAAAUUUCUCGGAUGGAUUCGUUGCUAGAAUAUGCAAAAUCUCUCUUUGAUAGUGGCAACGCUAUCCCUUUAGACACUGACUCAAAAGAACUUCCUUCAGCGACAACCCAGCUCAUCAAAUGCUCAAGUAAAUUGUGAGAUGGCAAUGUAAAGCGUCCAGAUACCUUAGUCGGAGUUAGUACUAUAGCAUUUAAUAUUCUUUUUGUUGAUCUAACACUACUGUUCUAGAUAGUUUCUGUUGGAGCCAAAAUGCUCCAACGUAAUAAAAGUAGAUAAAUGUUUGCUUGAGUUUAA